GAAAACAGAUAUACAUUUCUGUCAUCAAAUGUUCUCCACAUCUCCUCCAAGUACAGAUGGCCCACUAAGCUAGUCGAUUAAACGGGAAGGGGUAAGAUUGUUUGGCGCGAACUCCAUUCCUAACGACGCCGUCUGCCGGAUCAAGAAACUGCUGUACGAACGGAUUAAAAAACCCUAGGCACAAACAUUUCACCGCCGUACACACAGUACACAUGCUCUACGAUGAUACUGGGAACUCGAAUUUCAAACCCAUUGUGGUCUCAACGUCCCCUUUUCACUCUCUCUUAUCGCAUCUACUCUAAACUCAAUUUCUUCACAUCACCUUCUUCAGCCAAGGUAUCAGACUGUUUGGAUGGAGAUGAUGAUUUCUUGCCGUGGUUGUGUCGCAAGGCUGGGAUUGAAAUUUCGUCCGGGCUAUCAAUUGGGAAGUCUGCACAUGGCAGGUCAUUAUUUGCUUCCAAGUCAAUAGAAGCUGGGGAUUGCAUGUUGAAGGUUCCUUAUGAUGUGCAAAUAGCACAGGAUAAUCUCAUUCCAGAAGUUAAUUCUUUGUUAAGUGAUGAAGUUGGCAAUGUUGCAAAGCUUGCUAUAAUCAUUUUAUUUGAGCAGAAAAUGGGUCAGCAUUCUGAAUGGGCCCCUUAUAUCAGCCGUCUUCCGCAGCCUGAGGAGAUGUAUUGCACGAUAUUCUGGAGUGAGGGAGAGUUGGAGAUGAUUCAGCAAAGCUCAGUAUAUCGGGAAACUAAUAAACGAAAUACUCACAUCGAGAAUCAAUUUUUGGCAGCUAAGCCAGCUCUUGAUCUCUUCCCUGGAAUUUUUGGAGAUGUCACAUUUAAGGAUUUUAAGCAUGCAUAUGCUUUAGUUGAAUCUCGGGCAUGGAGGAGCACAAAGGGUGUGUCCUUGAUUCCAUUCGCAGAUUUUCUGAAUCAUGAUGGUGCUGCAGAGGCAGUUUUAUUGAGUGAUGAUAGCAAAGAACUCUCAGAGGUUAUUGCUGAUCGUAAUUAUGCUCCUGGAGACCAGGUGAUGAUAAGAUACGGAAAAUUUUCCAACGCAACUCUUCUAUUGGACUUUGGGUUUACACUUCCUCGCAAUAUUUAUGAUGAGGUUCAAAUUCAGGUUGAUAUACCUCAUCACGAUCACCUGUGUGCAAUGAAGUUGGAACUUCUGCAUGAACAUUGUGCACCAACCAUUAAAGAUGUCAAUAUCUCCAGCUCUUGGGAUUCUUUCACUAUCAAAGAAGUGAGGUCUGCUAAAGGGAAAGGAAGGGGAAUACCACAAUCGCUACGCGCAUUUGCUCGUGUUCUAUGGUCCACCUCUUCUCAAGAGCUUGAUGAAUUGGCAACUGAAGCUGCACGAAAUGAUGGGCGGCUGGCUCGACAGCCUUUGAAGAAUACGAGCACAGAAAUCCAAGCACAUCAGUUCUUGCUUUCACGAAUUACUCAGCCAAUUGAGAAAUAUAAUUUGUCAAUUAAGGCAUUGGGGCCUCCCAGUUCUCCCUUGGUGUUUGAAAAACUCUCUCUUAGGAGGCAAAUGGCUCGGGAUCUCCUCACUGGUGAGCUUCGCGUCCUCAAAUCCGCUUCUGAGUGGCUGAAGAACUACUGUGCAAGCUUAUCAGCAUUAUAGAAGAACAUAACUUUUGGUAGCAGAAAAGUAGGGUCUGUUCAUGCAGUCAGAUACGAGCACUUGACAGGAAUUUAUGUAUUACUGAUUGCAGAAAUCAGCAUACCUGUGGGAUCAUGAUAUAAACCUAACAUCAAAGCGACAUACUUCUCUGAUACUUGUACAAUUUUACAGCCAUGGGUUCCGGGGUCGGUCAGAAACACACACACACAUGUUCUUCAACAAAUUUGAAAAUACUGCCUCUUACGUGACAUCGGAUACUGUAACAUUUUUCUGGACAAGUGCAGCACUGUUUAUCCUUAAAUUAUUACCUUAAA